AUGACCUAUAACAAACCUGAACCAGUCACAGCUGAGGACGUCACUGUGGUCUUCACGGAAGCAGAAUGGAGGACACUGAGCUCCGAGCAGAAGAACCUGUACAAGGAUGUGAUGCUGGAGAUUUACAGGAACCUGCUGUCAUUGGGUGAGGAUGUGCUCUUUUCGUAUCCUUGA